AUGAAGAUCAUCCUGUCGAUCAACGCCGGCUCGAGCUCCGUCAAGAUAUCCGUGUACUCCGCCGAGCAGAACCAGGCCCCGAAGCAGAUCGCCGAGGCCCAGCUAAGCGGUCUCACGGCGCCGCCGGCACAACUCACCUAUUCCCGCCACGGCGCCGAAGCGGCCAAAGGCAAUGACGUGGGCGAGAAGGUCGAGAACCAGGACGAUGCAUUCAAGGUCCUGCUCAAGACCUUGACGGAGGACCCGGAGUUGCCGGAAAUAGGCCAGAAGAGCGACAUCGCCAUCGCGUGUCACCGAAUUGUCCAUGGCGGAGACUAUACGACCUCAAAGAUCAUCACACGGGAUACCUACCACCACCUGGAGAAGCUGACCGAUCUGGCCCCCUUACACAACGCCAGCGCCCUGCAGAUCGUCAAGUCAUGUGUGGAUGAGCUUCCGGGCGCAACCAACGUGGCCUGCUUCGACUCGCAGUUCCACUCCACGAUCCCGGAGCACAUCUAUACCUACCCCAUCAACCCGGAGAUCGCGAAGAAGAACCAGCUGCGAAAGUACGGCUUUCACGGGAUCAGCUACGCCUUCAUCACCAGGUCCGUUGCCGAGUUCCUCAAGAAGGACCCGGCCGACCUCAACAUCAUCGCGCUGCAUCUCGGCAGCGGGGCCAGCGCCUGUGCCAUCAAGAACGGGAAGAGCUACGACACGAGCAUGGGCCUGACGCCGCUCGCCGGACUGCCGGGCGCGACGCGGAGCGGCAGCGUAGACCCCAGCCUCGUCUUCCACUACGCCAGCGACGUGGGCAAGCUCUCGCCGGCCUCGACCAAGGACCUGCACAUCUCGCAGGCCGAGGAGAUCCUCAACAAGCGCAGCGGGUGGGCGGCGCUGACGGGCACGACCAACUUCGGCACCAUCGCGUCGUCGUCGUCCGCGGACCCGCGGCACAAGCUGGCCUUCGACCUGUUCGUGGACCGCAUCUGCGGGUUCGUGGGGUCCUACUACGUGGCGCUGCAGGGGCGCGUCGACGCGCUGGUCUUCGCGGGCGGCAUCGGCGAGAAGAGCGACCGGUUGCGGGCGAGCGUCGUCGCGCAGGCGGCGUGUCUCGGGUUCGCGGUGGACGAGGAGGCGAACGCCCGGGCCGUCGAGGGCGUGGUGCAGGAUGUGGGGAAGGAGGGCGCGCGGCACCGCACGCUGGUGUGCCAGACGGACGAGCAGUUUGAGAUGGCUCGGGGGUGCGCGGAGGAUGGGGAGCUCUGGGGAUAG